CCGCGCCGCCUCGCCUCACUACGACCGGCCCUCUCGUUCCCUCUCGCUGGGAGUCUCGCUUGCUUGCUUACUUCACUAACUUAGUACUCCCACGACGAUCGUGAAUGCGUGACGCGUCUCGCGUUCCGGAAAAACGUAAAUAAUACGAUGAUAAGUGAAUCAUUCCAAAGUAAAAUGUUCAGUGAUAUAUCUAGUUCAAACGGCUGCACAGAGGUUAGGUAACGAUUUACAGUUCAAGUUCUGUGAUUCGUUAUUUUAGUAACGGUACUUGCAGUCCCGCAAUCAUUAAAAAUGUAGAAAUAAUGUAUUAUUGUGAUAGUGAUAAAAUAAUUGAAUAAUAACAGUGAAUAUGCACGGACUAACACAUUUUUUACACAAACACCAUUCGAGAGAAUCUACACCACCUCUCGAAAAAGGAGAAAGCACCGAAAGUUGGUAUUCAACUUUGAGUUCUGUGGACUCUCGCAACUCCAUUGAUAAUGAAAGUCAAACGAAAUCUAUUCCUAUCAAUUCACGAGGCUCUUAUGCUCAAAGAAGUUUUCGGGGGACAUCAGGAAGUCCUUUUGAAUUCGCCUCUAGUCCUCGCGAUCGUUACCCCAAUUUUGCGAGCUACUUUCGGGAUGUUAUGGAAGGAAAAGGGUCUCCGUCACAAUAUCACUAUCACACCCAUCACGUGGAUAGUCGACGGCGAAGCGAUAGCGAACGCUACCAGAUAGGAGUAAACACCUAUCAAGCUCCACGAUAUGAUUACCGACACUUUGUGUCACCUCUUUAUAAUGAUGCUAUGGAUGAUAUACAAGAGAACGAAUACAGUAAAUGUGAGCGAUAUGGCGAGAUCAGUAACACUAAAAUAAGCCAUGCUCCUGUGAAAACUAGAUUCGACAAUAAAAGUUUUGCUCAUAAACUAGCAGAAACCGCUAGUAGUGCCAAAGAUCAUCAUCAUCAUCACCCUCACCAUGCUCAAGAAAGGCGAGGAUCAGGGUCGAGUGGUAGUGGUAGCGGACACAGACAUAAACAUCAUUCCAUCCAAGAGUUGAUUCGAACAUUUGGGAAGAAAGUUGGGCAUUGGCGUCAUGAAUCGAGUGAAGGUCGACGAGGUUCAUGCGCUGUUCCUUCUCCUACUAAUGAAGAAAGUGUAAAAAUCGAAUCUACCGAGUUCCGGUCACGAUCAAAAUCACUCGAUGGAGAUCAUCUUAAUCGAGUUCUUAGGAGGCCACUUCUAGAAGAUUGUGGAGCUACGUAUCAUAUUUACGAUACCAUCCUUAAAGAAGGGGCUCAAUUCCGACGGGUGGAGGAGAAAAGGCGCUCCUCCCUGGUCAAUCCCACCAUUCGGCAUCGGGCUUCGGACGCGUUCCUGGACCCACACCACGCGGCGAUGCUGUUCCGGGACUCUAGGGGGCUGCCGGUUGCUGACCCGUUUUUGGAAAAGGUCAAACUCUCUGACUUGGAGGAAGACGAGUCCCAGAUCUUCGUGAAGUUCUUCAAGUUCCACAAGUGUUACGACCUGAUACCCACCUCGGCGAAGCUGGUGGUGUUUGAUACGCAACUCCUCGUCAAGAAGGCGUUCUUCGCACUCGUGUACAAUGGAGUACGCGCGGCGCCGCUGUGGGACUCACAGAGGCAGCGCUUCGUGGGCAUGCUCACGAUCACGGACUUCAUCAAGAUCCUGCAGAUGUACUACACCAGCCCCAACGUGGCGAUGGAGGAGUUGGAGGAGCACCGCCUUGAGACUUGGCGUCAGGUGCUGAAAGGUUCGGUGAUGCCGUUGGUCUCGAUUGGACCAGACUCGUCCUUGUACGACGCCAUCCGUAUCCUUAUCACGAACAGAGUGCACCGCCUGCCGGUCAUCGACCCUGAAACUGGCAACGUGCUCUACAUACUCACACACAAGCGGAUACUGCGCUUCUUAUUCUUAUACAUAAACGAGUUACCGAAGCCGUCGUACCUGCAAUACAAGUUGCGCGACUUACGCAUCGGCACGCUCAAUGACAUAGAGACGGCGACAGAGGAGACUUCCAUCAUUGAAGCCUUAAGGAAAUUCGUCAACAGACGCGUGUCAGCGCUGCCGUUGAUCGACAGCGAGGGGCGCCUUAAAGAUAUCUACGCCAAGUUUGAUGUCAUUAAUUUGGCUGCGGAAAAGACAUACAACAAUUUGGACGUGUCACUGAAGGCGGCGAACGAGCAUCGCAACGACUGGUUCGAGGGCGUCCAGAAGUGCACCAUGGAUGAGACCCUGUUCGAUGUCAUGGAAAAGAUAGUGCGGGCAGAGGUCCAUCGUCUGGUGGUCGUUGAUGAAGAAGAUAAAGUGAUCGGCAUCAUAUCUCUGUCAGACUUGCUCAUGUACCUCGUGUUAAGGCCCACCGGGGAAUGCGGCGGAGCCAGUUUACGAAACGAAGGAACCACAGAGGAAAAGGGCGAAUCGCCCGCCGCUGAACAAAACGAUCAAGUCGGACUAGCUGAAGAACAAGUCGAAGCAGCCGAAGAACAAAUCGAAGACAAAGACACACAACUUGAAGUCAGAGACACACAAGUUGAAGUCAGUGACGACAAAGUUGAAGACAGUGACUGACUGUAAAUGACACUGAACUAUUGAUAAAUAAAAUUAAUGAACCUAAUUGUUAUUCCUCUGCAUGUAAGUAGUUUAUAUCCUCGACGCGUACCAGGCUACUGGACAGAUAGUGUAAGUGUGAAAUGGUACGAAAAAAAAUUUGGAAAGGAGUAAUAAAAUAUUAUUGGUGGUGUAAAUUUUUACGUAAAAUACGUAAGUGUUUGUUAGUUGAACUCUUGUUAUCUUUUAUUUUUGUAAUAAGAGCAUAUUACUGAUUUUGUAGUUUACAAUGUCUGUCUAAUAGUAUAGUGGUAUCUAAGGAUUUUGUCGUAGUUAGUGCGCUGCGCGUGAGCACGCUCACAUGUUUUAAAUACAAGACGGUUGUGAUAUGUUUCAGUGUUUUCUUAUGGCUCACACACUCACAUUGUUUUGAUAAAACCUAGGGCUCCGUAACUUAUUUGAACACAAUAUUUCUGGAGAUAGUCUGUGGUUUCUUAAUAGUUUAUUGCAGAAGUAUUUUAUUAAGAGGGUUUUUGAAAACACAAGUCGUAUAAUGAACCCUUUUCACGAUAUAAAAGAUGAUUUGAUGUACUUCUUCUUUAGAGAUGUCAUAUUUUUACCCAUUUUAUUUCGCGUUAAGAGCUCAUCCUAAGGUCAAGUGAGCUCGAGCCAUAUGCGUGAACUCUUGUUUGUCUUGUCUUGUAAAAUAAAAAAGUUUUGAUAACAGUUUUUAAAUUCCACUUUUGAGAUAUGUACUUCUAUACGCGUAUUCCAUAAUGUUUGUUUAUUGUGAAUCAGAUGUGUAAUAUUGUACUGUUUUUUAUUAUUAUUAUUUUGUCUCAUGUAUAUCAGUGGAGGCCGAACGUACUUAUUUUUAUCAUCGAUGAAUAGGUUUGGUUGCGUUUGGUCUUACUAAUGUAUUUUAAUAUGAACGCAACGUGCGCUACUCACACUCUAGGUACAUGUCUUUUAUAACAUUGUUUUAAGGUCUAGAAUAGGUCAUUUCUCACAUUUCGGCCUCCACAAUUAUUAUUGUAUUUUGAUACAAGUGCUGAGCUGUAUUUAACUUAUAUUUAUCUAAGUAGACAUCUACCCAAAUGCAGAAUGGAAUUUAAUAUUCAUAGAUUGAAUAUUCGAAGAACUAAUGAUUUCGUUAUUGCAUUGGAACUAUAGUGGUAUGCGUGAAGUCAUGUUUGCUGUUUAAACAUUUGGAAGUUUCAGUAAGCUCUGCUCUUGAGAUUAGCGAGACAAUUAGUUGAUAAAUUAUCAUUUGAUUUAUGAUAAGUGACGGGUUUUUAAAGUUUUAUAAAUUUUAAUAUAGAAAUAGUCUAUUCGCGACAGUAGGUUUUUUUCGCUCUGACACUUGGUAAGAACGUUUUUGACUUCUGAAAUUAGUGAACAGAACUUAUUGCCGGCGAACGGCAAUGGAAUCAACACCCGUUUCCUCAUUUUACAAGAGCUAAUCUAAAAUGUUUACCAUCACAACUAAUAUGUUAAAAUACGUUGCAGAAACAAGAGAUGCGCUAAGUGAGCUGAUUGCAAAAAGACACUUACUUGACGAGAUGCGAUAAUAUAACUGUUUGUACUUAAAUUUUAUUGUAGAUAACUUGAAAUCGCUGCAUUUAAUUUUUCUCAUUUGGUAUUAAAGUUUCACUGUUACACUUCAACCUUACUUCAUAUUUGCAGUUUUGUUAAAUAUAUUUUGGAUGUUAUAAAUUUAUGGAUACAUGGGAGGAUGGUUUAUUGAUGUAAUAUACGAUUAUUGUCUUAUAUCUCAUCAUUUAUCCCAUCGUUCACACAUGCAACUAAAAGCUGAGUUGUAAAGAUCUGAUCAGUAGUUAUAUGAAUUUUGCAACUGAUGUUUGAGUCAUGCAGAUUAUAAUACUUUAUAAUAGUCGAGACGAUCUUUGUUCUAAUGCCAAGUAUUUUAGUGUCUUUUUGUUAACAGACUUAUUCAAAACGCUUACUUGUGUUUAUAACACCAAGCGAUUUUCAGCCGAACUCAACCUGCCUUAUAAAAUAACAAAUAAUGCCCUAAUUUGAAUCAGUCAAACUGACGUUUCCGCAGCAGCACCUUUUUGUAUUGCUGAUUUUUUUUCAUGGGCCAGUACCUGACUAUUCUGUUUUCUGGUUACGAACUUAAAUAUAAUUAAGAUAAUAAUUAUCUUGUUUAAGUUAAGUCAUAUACCUUAAUGAGCUAACUUAGCAAAAUGUGAUUACUUGCUCUAAUUAGUGGCUGUACUCCAUCCUAGAGCAGCCAGUGGACCAAACGUAGAAAUUAAUUUAAGACAGCAUCAUUGUGAAUGCUAUUGAUAAUUCUAUGAAAAGUUUAUAAACUAUCUCGCCCUAGUUAUAUGUAUAUUUAAGUAAAACAUAAAAUAGGGUAUAGUGAUUUUACCGUUUGGUUUCGACUGAUUUAGAUUGGCAGAGCUGAAAAUCGGGUAGUGUAAUAAACGCUUAUCGGACAAAUAUUCAAUUUCUUUUAUUUGAGAUCUUUUAUAUAGGCUUUUAUUAUGAAUGUCGCUGUUAUAUCAUCAUUUCAUGUCAUUUAAAAAAAAAUACUUUGAAACAGCUUCCACUAGAAAAGAUCUCGAGCAAAUUAAUUCCCGCCUUUCAUAGAAAAAACCGAAUUAUUUAGUUGGGCUGAACGGAGAUAUAUGUUUUUAUCUCCCAGCCUAAAUAAUAUUUUUCCGUGGAAGCGUUAUAAAGAGUAUUUUCAUCGUUGCAUGUUAAUUGACUUCCGUAAUGUUAGGGGCGGGAGUUAAAAAUGUUUGAAUGUUCGUCCGCGGCUCUUGUGGAACGCUACGAUUUGACGCUCACGUGUCCCGCAAGUAUUAUAGUGUGUUAUUAAUUUAUGAGUAGAGUUAGCGAAUAACGCCUUUUAUUAUGUUAUACAUGUUGUGUUAAAAAGAAUAAAUUCUAAUAACAGUGGUAAUAUUUAGGUGCGUGUAGUUUGGAUGAAAUUUAUUAUAAAUCUUGAAAGGUAUCAUCAUUAUAUUGUAUUCUUAAGCAUUCAUUCGGUAAUACUAUUUAUCCAUCCAGUUUUAGAGUCGUUUGUUAAGAAGCAUACAUUGUUGAAAAUUUUUAGAGGAUAAUAUUAGUCUACUGUUGUCUGGGUGGAUAAGUAUGUCAGUUUCGUUUAGUUUAAUGUGUUCAAUGUUAAUCAGAUAUAAAAACGCACACGUACGACAUCCACAGUCAUGAAUAAAAUAGUUUGGUUCCAUCGA